AUGUCGAUACUGAGUCGAGAAGAGGUCGAGAAGCACUCAACACGCGAGUCGUGCUGGGUAGCUAUCCAUGGCUCUGUUUACGAUGUCACUGAUUUCCUCGAUGAGCAUCCUGGCGGUCCACAGGUGAUUCUUCGCUGUGCGGGAAAAGAUGGCACGGCAGACUUUGAUUCAGUCCACGACAAAGACGUUCUCUCACAGGCCCUGCCCCAGUCGGCCCUCAAAGGCAUUGUCCAACCAGACACUCUGGCGACAGCAUCCCGACCCCUUCCCAAGACAUCGGCAACAGCUGAAGAAAACCCUCCACCACCACUAAACAGUAUAAUCAACCUCAAUGACUUCGAGAAGGUAGCACAGCAACAUCUUUCUCCUCAGGCAUGGGCAUAUUAUUACUCCGGAGCCGACGAUGAGAUCAGCAAACGACAAGGUCAAAAGGCAUACCAGAAGGUGUCUUUCCGGCCUCGCAUUCUCCGCAGCAUUCGCAACGUAGACACGACCACCUCGAUUUUGGGACAGCCCGUGUCGCUGCCAGUGUACAUGAGCCCCUCCGGAAUCGCCAAAUUUGCUCAUCCCGACGGAGAGUGCGCACUGGCCAUCGCAGCUGGCGAGGAAGGAUUGGCACAGGUGCUAGCAAAUGGCUCCAGCAUGUCUAUUGAUGCUGUGCGAGCGGCGGGGAUCCACCCUAAUCAACCGCUUUUCCAGCAGGUGUAUGUCAACAAAGACAUUAAAAAGUCGGAGGAGACAGUCCGACGGGCUGUGAAAGCUGGUGCUAGUGGUAUCUGGAUCACGGUCGAUUCCCCUGUUGUUGGGAAGCGGGAAAUGGAUGAGCGAUUGAAUCUUGAGGUUCAGGUAAGAUACUGUGAUGGCUUGAAGGCAGAUUCUAACAUCUUCUACAGGCGCGCGACUCAUCUGCCAAAGGACAAGGUGUCGCAAAGACAAUGGCCAGCUCCAUCUCGCCGUACAUUGACUGGGAGAUUCUCACAUGGCUUCGCGGUCUCACCGAUCUACCGGUGGUGAUUAAGGGGAUCCAAUGUGUGGAAGAUGCUGUUUUGGCAUAUCAACAUGGGGUACAGGGAAUCGUCCUGUCCAACCAUGGUGGCAGGUCCCAAGACACCGCUCAACCUCCACUGGUCACUUUACUCGAGAUCCGACGAUAUGCACCAUACCUUAUCGAAAGUAACAUGCAAAUUUUCAUUGAUGGAGGCAUUCGACGUGGAACAGAUGUCCUGAAGGCCCUUGCAUUAGGAGCAACUGCUGUUGGGCUUGGGCGACCAUUUCUGUUCAGUCUGGCAGCAGGUUAUGGAGCAGAUGGGACCCGCCGGGCCAUUCAAAUCUUGCGGCAGGAAAUUGAAAUGAACAUGGUGUUCCUGGGCGUGACAAAGCUGUCGGAAUUGGGGCCUCAUUUGGUGAAUUCAAUGAGGCUGGAACGAGAUGUAGUUGGCUCGGUUAAACUGCACAGCCUUAACCAGGACACAGACCAGUUCGCACUAAAUGGAAUUAAGAGGGGCAUGGGCUGA